UUAACCAUCGACAUCGUCCGACGUACGACAUCGACUAUAGUCUGCAGUCAUUGAAACCAUGGGCGACGUCUACGAUGUAGUGGUGAUCGGAGCGGGGGUUGAAGGGUCGUCAGCCGCUUAUCACGGCGUGAAGGCAGGCAAGAGGGUUUUACUUCUUGAACAGUUUCCUUUACCUCAUUCAAGAGGUAGUUCACAUGGUGGGACUAGGAUUAUAAGUUUCGCCAAGACAGCCGAACAUCAUCAGAAGCUGAUGGAUGUAUGUUACCCUAUGUGGGAGGAACUAGCAAAGGAGACCAACACAGAAGUGCUCAGAGAAAUCGGUGUUUUGAAUUUUUGUGAAAAGUGGACAGAAGGUUACCCGAAAGCGAUGUUAAAUUCCAUGAAGAAAUCUGGAGCUGGCCUAGAGCGGUUAUCGAUCGAAGAGAGGACCCGUCGGUUUCCAAACAUCAGUUAUCCGACCAAACCCGAAUCGUAUCUGUACAAGAAGGGUGGAUACAUUCGUGCAAACAAGGCUCUACAAUGCUACCAGGGUGAAUUCGUGAAACAUGGCGGAGUCCUCCAUGAUGAAGAGAAGAUGUUGGAGAUUGUUCCUGGUACCAUGGUAACGGUGAAAACCAAUCGAAGUGAAUACCAGACCCGGAGUGUCAUCCUGGCUCCCGGUCCAUGGGCAUCAACACUCCUAAAACAACUUGGACUCAAUAUACCACUUCAGGUCGCUCGCUGUCAUCACACGUUUUGGAAGGAGAAGGAGCCCGGGAUGUAUGCUGAUAUGCCGAUCUACUUUGACCAUAGUCUGACUUCCUUCGAAUCGAGUGGCUGGCCCAGUGUAGAAUACCCUGGAAUGAUGAAAGUCUCUCGAUGGACUCCUAUGCCAAUUGAAAGUGCCGACGAUCGGGAUUCUUCUAGUUCAGCCCAUGAAAUCGAGCUAUCUAGAGAGCAUGUGCGGGAACACUUCCCCGGACUGGACGCAGAGAAUGGUCCUGUCAUCUCGGAGGCCUGUCUCAUCACGGACACUCCGGAUCAUGAUUUCGUGAUCGACCUUCAUCCCGAUCACCGCAACAUCGUCAUCGCCUGCGGAUUUUCGGGGCAUGGGUUCAUGAUGGCCCCGAUCGUCGGUCGGAUCCUGACCCAGCUCGCCUUGGGCGCCACGCCAGAGCUAGAUAUUACAGCCUUCAGAAUGAACAGAUUUGAGAAAUGAUAAUCCUUAGUAACACGGGAAACGCGAUUUAUUGUAAAACUAACAAACACCGCUUCAAAUAUAAAAUGAUUUACGAGUUUGUGAAUACGCUUAAGGGCCUUUUUGAUUUUCUUUUACAAUGAUGAUAAUAUCUUUGAUGGUAUACCUCUCGAUGUUUUGUCUGUCAUGAUUAUGUAUUUUACCUCGAAUGUAACUAUGUACAAGUACACCGUACCUUUAAAUGUUGUUACUAGGUCUUUAAUGGUCUUUGGUAAAAUGUUAUUUAUUCGUAUUACCAAUUUUACUUACAAUGGUACUAUCAUUUUAUUAAGAGGAAAACAACUCCGUACUCUACUUAUUCAGUUGAACCAUAGAACAGGGUUAGUAGAGUAAGGGCCGAACAAGUUUGAUAACAUUUGUGUUCGUUCGAUUUUUACAUAAUUAAGGAUGGGAGUUCUGGGACCGAAGCGAGAUGUCAUUUUAAAUGAUAUUGAAGGAGGUCUCCUGUAUAUCCUGGUGCAAACUUUGUAAUAAAUUCAUUUUAUGAUGCGUAUUUUCAUCGGAUAGAUAAAAUGUCAUAUUAUCAAAAGGAGAGUUAUAGAGGAAUGCACUUUUAAGUUUGGUCGCAAGUACUGAAACGUCUAUUUUGUUGACUCAUUAAUCGAGCAUUCUACUCAAAUUGAAACUUUUAUCAGUUUCGGCCAUGUUUUCUCGACACCAUUCAUCAAACAACUUACUCUCGGUCACAGUGAAGCGGCUCUUCCAUCCAUCGGAGACAAUUAAAACUGUAACAAGAGUUUUAUGAGACAAAAAUUAUUUAAUCUAUAUUAUAAUGGGCAUCAACAGAUACUGUCACAAGUUCAGGGGCUGAGGCAGAGUCAUAUUGCCAAAAUGAGGCUGAAAGGAGGCCGAAUUAGUUUGAAAACCGCGAAUGUCCACGAACGCUUCCCAAUCUGAAAAUCUGAAAUCUGAAGACGUGUGUGGUGGGGGGGGGGGGGGGGGGCUGUUAAAAAGUAUUUCUUUGUUGUAAAUAUUAACGAGUCUCAUCCCAAUAAUGUUUUGAGAAAUUAAAAUCUUUUUUGAGAAAUCAUGAUCUUUGAAUAAAUGCAUUCAGAUUAAUUAACCUCUGUUUCCGGACUACUUGUAUUUUUUCCUGGUACUCGGCUUUCCAGAAUAUCUGCAUAAGUUGAAAUACAACAACUUUUCACUCAUUCUUUUGUAAAGAGUCGAGAAUGAAUUGGAUCUGAAGAAUGCUACAAAUAUUAACUUACAUUAUUUUCUAAGAAUGAUUUAGUUGUUACCUGUUUAUUUUAGAUCACUACUCAUUAUGUAAAUUUCGAGCCGGCGAUUUGGUAAUGGCCUUGCCAUGUAACUUGCCCCCUGCCCGAAACAUAAAAUUAUUUAAAUUUCCAAUAGGGGUGAGCGGUAUAUGUUAUGUAUCCGGCAUUGCAUAAAAUAACUCUCCUUGGUUUCGAACCGGGAGCGAAGAUACCACUAACCGCUGCUCUACCACCGAGCUAUCAUGCCCAAUGUGAUCAGAGUUACACCUGUAACUAGUAUAAGCCUCGUUUUUUACUCGGCCUGUCUGGCCAAAAUUUAUUUUAGAAUGGGGUCUUUCUUACGAGCAGCUUUUCCCUGCCUGCCUUUCAUUCAUAUAUAUUUCAUUUAUUAUAAUGUAUUAAUAUCGCGGCGGGUAUUUUUUUUUAAUAGGCGGUCUAGUUCUACCACGUCAUCUUUAAACACGGCUUAACACGCACCUUCUUCAUGCUCUCGUUGAAAAGAAACAAGACAUUUUUUCUCAUUCAUUGGUAUCCCAGCAUCGUUUGACAUCAUGCUCAGGCCAUUGUCCCCAGCCAUUAUCUGAACAAGAGAUUAGACAAAAAGAAAAUAUUAAAGAGUUCUAGAGAAUGGAGGAAGAUUUCCUCUUUUUUAAUACUUUAAAACCUUUAUUGAAAGAAGUUACAACAGUCGCAUCUUCAUCGAAUAAAUCUUGGGUAUUUUUGCUCAAUUGCGCAUUUUUAGGUAUUUUCGAAAA